UUGGGAGCAGGGAACAGGGCAACUUUCUGCAGCUGUACUUAGUUUUUCUUGCAGAAUUUGUGACUGUGAGGACCUCUUGGUCUUCUAACUGCUACUCCCGUAUCAGGUAUUCUUGUAGCUAUAAAAGAUAAAGUAUUUCACUUUCUGAUUUUACAUAUUUGGGAAACAGAUGCUUUUAAUUAAGGAAGAGUUCCUACAGAUGGUAGGAUACAGAUAAAUAACUGCUAGACAGAUGUUAAUAAUAGGCUUUUCCUGUCAUUAUAGAAUUAGUUGUUUUCUCUGUGGUAAUAGAUACUUAAUAUAGGUAGAGCUUGCCUUUGUGUUCUUAAGAUGGAGCAGUAUCUGUAUAAUAAGAAGUCUACUCUUUGUAAUCAUCUACCUACCAGUGUUGCCUCACUUCCUUGUUUUGCCAGUAGGGAAAUUGGGAAAUGACAAAUAACUGUCCAUGUGUGACAGAAAGAUGUCAUACAACUUCUGUGCGUAAAGAUCUGUCAAUAAGCCUCCCAGUACCCUUGAUGAAGUACUGUAUAUACUUGCAUUACUGGUUUAGAAGUUGGAUGCUCUCUUGAAGGUGAUGCAGUCCAUCCUUUAAAUGUUUUUCUCUUCUUUGCGAUUUGGCUAUUGCAGCUUCUUUCCCUCCUUGUGCUGGUUUCUUUGCGAUAAAGCUGUAACUACUGAAAGCCUGAUUUUAAGAUGAAUAUCCCUGGGGACUUAGAUCUGUAAUUAUGUCCACGUGCUGCUGGAGCAGAGGCAAGAUCUUUCUGAAGACUUGAGGAGUCUGAGAAUGACAUGUAGGAUAACAGAAGGAAGGAAUUCCCCUUUCAAAACUCCCAACGAGGGAAGCUUGAAGUGAGGGAGCCAGGCCGUGAGAUAGGUCUCCCGGAGCCGCGAAGCCGCUGGUCCUCGCCGCCAGUUCAGCACCUUGGAGAGCAGCCGCCCACUGCCCGGCGUCUGCGGGGCACUCAGUUCUUUCUAGAUCGACAUUGCUGGAAUAGGUUUGUGAAGUAAAGAGGCAUAAGAUACCGAUUCUCCUAGAUAGUUGAGUUGAAUAAUCGGAUACAAUGCCACUGGCUAGUAGAUCUGAUUGAAAUAGUGCUUGUGUUCUCACGAGCUCAUAAGUUCUUUUAAGAAACUCUUCUUUGAAAGAGUGGGAACCUGUGAAAUCAUAAUUUGACUUCAAAGCAUUGAGUAAUACUUUCAAUAAUAAAGACAUAGAGAAGGUUGUCUUGUUGCCCUUCUUUUUUUCAGCCUGAAAAUAUUGGUAAAAUAUGCCCAUAUGCAAGAUCCAGCAGAUAAGUGGCUUCUUACCUUUGGAGAUAUUGCAUGUUUUUGGGUAACAGUUGAUACUGAUAAGAAUAUGUGACUUGAUAGAACAAAGCUCUUCUGUGUCACCUUUUUAAAACCUUACUUAUACUAACUUCUUUAAAUACCAUUUUCUUUGAAUGUUUUUCUCUGUGUAUAUACAGAACAAAUACGCAAGCCAGAUUUAUUUGCAAGGUCAUCUUCUAUCAUUUUCCUUGUGUGUUUUUCUCUCUGUGUGCUCUACUUCAGUAUUUGCUGUAGGACUUUGAAGAGCUUAAUCCUUCUGCCUUUUAUUGCUAAAGGGAGAAACUGUAGUGCUCGUGUCUUAAUGUGUCUGUGUCUUACUGCGUAUUUUUAUUGUAAAUUUCUUCAAAAAUAUCUCAGGGGCACUUUCAGCCUUGGAUUGUCAGGGAGGUCUCCACUGAGACGGCCAGACUGCUAUUACUAGCUGUCGUCAAUGCACUUGUGUUCUUUUAAGUACUUGUUUCUCAACCAUAGCAGUCCUAGUGGCAGAUGUGCUGGAUUCUAUUAGAUGUUCCCAGGUGACAUUCUAUCCCCGAAAAUAUCCUAUCGAACUUGUAAUGUGAAAAAUCUGUUUACAAGACCUGCAAGUGGAACAUGAAAAAAUGAAAAUAAAGUCUUCGUUCUCUGCAAGAAUGGGACAAAUGCUCCCCUUUCAUCUAUGUACUCUUUUCUCUGCUCACAUACAAGAUCCAGUAAUGACAGAAGUGGUAAACCCUGAUGAAGCCCACAACACAUAUCAGGGCAGUGCUAAUUUCCUAUUUGCUUUCUUCAUGUGUACAACUUACAUUACAGGCAAUGAAUGGCCUGGUAGAUCUUAAGUACUUUCCAGUCAAUAUCUGAAAAUCUGUUGUUGGUUCCAAAUUGUUUGAACAAAGUACUUUAAAUGUGUGGUUUAAAUUCUGUCAGACUGGAGGCUGGGCAAUGUCAUUAUUGGCUCUGUGUUUUGUUAAGGAGGUGGUGAUAGAAGGAGGAAAAAACAUAGAAAUAAAACAAGAAAUCUGAGUUUGAUAUACUAUUUACUACUCUGGAUGGGUCUGUAGAGGAGAUGAAUUGUCUGGCCGAGCUGUAUUAUUAUAAGUAGCAUGUUUGGAUGUACAGUAAGAAAUAGCAUGUGACAAAUAGGUUGCAACAUGCUCCUGACUCUCAGCCUCUUGUUUGCAAGACAAGGAGCUGUGUUCUUUACUCUUGGUGUGUGACAGGUGAUGACAAAACAAAACUACACUGAAUAAUGCAAUCAGGAUUUGGGCAAAGAUUACAUCUUCAGAUUUUGGGAGGUAGCAUGCUAAGUCACUUGACUGCCUGGGAAAAUAUCAGAGGAACAAAAUGGUGAUGUAUCUUUGAGUUAGGUUUUAUUGACAGAAAGAUGUAAGAUAUGUCUUCAAUUUUUUGGGUGACCAGGCACGUGAAAGUGUAGAUUUUGCACUAGUAAUAAGUGCUUAGAUCUAGUCACUUGUCCUCCAAAGUGAAAAGGGCUUUGUGUGUGUUUAAUGAAUUUUUUCCUUCUCUUAACAUGUUCUGGCUUUAGCUUUUUCAUAUAAGUAAGCUAAUACUUAAUCUACUUUUCUUUUGAUUCUAGUUAUUUCUUCCUCUUAGCAUACCCUGUAUGGUUUCUGCCUUGAACCACCAAGCACCAGACUCAACAGACAAAUUUGCUUGUGAUGACCUUUGCAAUAGGUGGAGAGAGAAGAGCAAGAAACUCUUUUCCUAUGUGUGGUACUCUGUAAAAGCUGGAUUUCAUUUCUGUAUCUCAUGAGAUGCAGAGGCAUAGUGCUUCGCUAAGUAUGCUUCCUGCUAGGGCAUGCAUGGAUGCAUGUUCCUGAGAAGUGUUACCUGUGUUCCUCUGUGCCUGGAAGGCAUGAAGGCAGACAUGGCUGACUCAAGGGGGUGUUGGGCUUUGCCUUUCCGACCUCCAGUUACCAUGGGUAUACCAGUCUUCAUACUUGCCGGUCUCCUUGUGCAUUUUGUCUUCUUGGUCUCUAUUUUUGACAUCUACUUCAGCUCCCCUCUGGUUCAUGGUAUGACUCCUCAGCAAACUCCACUGCCGCCUCCAGCAAAGCGCCUCGUACUCUUUGUUGCUGAUGGUCUGCGAGCAGAUUCUCUGUUUGAAUUGAAUCGCAACAAUACUCCCCAAGCACCUUACCUGCGUGCUAUUCUGCAGAAUAAUGGCAGCUGGGGCAUCUCUCACACCCGAGUCCCAACCGAAUCCAGACCAGGGCAUGUUGCACUGAUAGCUGGGUUUUAUGAAGAUGUCAGUGCAGUUGCUAAAGGAUGGAAGGAGAAUCCAGUGGAAUUCGACUCAGUUUUCAAUGAAAGCAAAUACACGUGGAGCUGGGGAAGCCCGGAUAUUUUGCCAAUGUUUGCAAAAGGUGCUACUGGAGAUCACGUUUAUACAUUUUGUUACACAGCAGAAAGUGAAGACUUCGGAGCACAAGAUGCAGCCAAACUUGACACUUGGGUUUUUGAUCAUGUUAAGAGCUUCUUCAAUUCUUCCAGAAGUAAUCAAACAUUGUUCUCUGCACUAAAUGAAGAAAAAGUGGUUCUAUUCUUGCAUUUGCUCGGCAUAGACACAAAUGGACAUGCUCAUCGGCCAUACUCAAAGGAAUACAAGGAGAACAUUAGAACGGUUGAUGACGGUAUAAAAGAAAUUGUUUCAAUGCUCGAAAGCUUCUAUGGAAAUGAUGGAAAAACUGCAUAUAUCUUAACUUCUGACCAUGGAAUGACAGAUUGGGGAUCCCAUGGCGCUGGUCAUCCCUCAGAGACUUUAACACCACUGAUUGCUUGGGGUGCUGGAGUGAAUUAUCCACAGAAAGUCACAUCCCAGCUCUUUGAAGACAAUUUUUUGAAAGAAUGGAAGCUGGAGAAUUGGAAGAGGCUGGAUGUCAAUCAGGCUGACAUAGCACCACUGAUGGCUUCCCUUAUUGGUGUUCCUUUCCCCUUGAAUUCUGUGGGAACCCUACCUCUGGAAUACCUGAACAAUAGUGAUCAUUUCAAAGCAGAGAGCAUGUUUACCAACGCUGUUCAGGUUCUUGAGCAAUUUAAGGUUAAGAUGAGUCAGAAAAAGACAACUACAUUGUCGCUUCUGUUCACACCAUUUAAACCACUUUCUGAUUCUGAACAGAUCAACUUUUUAAAGAAAGCAAGACUAUAUAUUCAGCAACAAAAGUACAAUGAAGCAGUAUCUCUGUGCAAAACCCUGAUUAACCUUGCUUUGGAAGGGCUGUCAUAUUACCAUACUUAUGACAGGUUAUUCCUGGGCCUAAGCAUUGCAGUAAGUUUUGUGGGCUGGACAACUUACGUGAUUCUGGUGAUUAUCAAGACUCACACCAAUUUGAUUGAGGCUACUCAGAGUAAUAAUAAGGAAUCUACUGGUCCCUUGUAUGGUUUUACGUUUGUUGGGAUGAUAAUAGCGUUUUUCUUGUUGAUUCAAACAAGCCCUUGGACAUACUAUGUAUACUGUCUGUUGCCAGUACCCGUAUGGUAUGCAGUUGUGAGAGAACUUCAUGUUAUUCAAGACCUUGCUGCAAAUCUCUGGUCACUUCCUCUCGGUCAGUCUGUAGGCUUCCUCCUGAUUUGUAUACUGGGAAUUGAAAUACUAGUUUUCAGCUUUUUCUACCGCUUUACACUUACUGUGGGUCUGCUUGUCUUUGCUGGCUGGCCAGCGAUCACGCAGCUGUGGGUUCAAGCAAAGAGAACAACAUUGAUCUGGACUCUUCUGUGUGUGCUCCUGGCAGUAUUUCCUUUAAUGCCUGUUGUAGGAAGAGAACCAAACAUUCCUCUGGUAAUAGCAGCUGGUUUGAUGACACUUUUGAUCUCUUGCUUCUUCUUGGCAUCUUUUUGUAGAAGUGAAAAUAAAUACCAAGGUAAAGAAGAUCUGAAAGUAUAUUUUUAUCAGAUGUUGAGUAUUGUACUUUCAACGUAUGUUGUGAGCAGUACCCAUAACAGUCUUAAAAACAAACAAGGAUUGCCUGUAUUCAAUCAAAUUAUCAGUUGGACGACUCUAGCUUCUUCCUCGGUGUUGCCAUUACUGAGUCCCACGUUGCUCUUCCAGCGACUGUUCAGCAUACUGCUUUCACUGAUGGCCACCUACCUCCUCCUCAGCACAGGAUAUGAAGCUCUGUUUCCUCUGGUGCUCUCUGGUUUGAUGUUGGUGUGGAUACAGAUGGAACAAGAAGCAUUGCAGCGCUACGGUCUUUCACUCAAACCAAAGCUUGCUGUUUUCAACUUCACCUAUGCUACUGAUAUAACUCAGUUUCGACAGCUCCACCUAGACGACAUCCGCAGGUCUUUCUUCUUUGUUUUCUUCAUAGUGACAGCCUUUUUUGGCACUGGAAACAUAGCUUCUGUUAACAGUUUUGAUCCUGCAUCUGUCUAUUGUUUCCUGACUGUGUUCAGUCCCUUUAUGAUGGGAGGCUUGCUUCUGUUGAAGGUUGUAAUACCAUUUGUUCUGGUAUCGUGUGCUUUUGAAGCUGUUCAAGUCACAACACAGCUAUCUUCUAAGAGCCUUUUCCUCAUUGUUCUUGUGAUUUCAGACAUAAUGGCUUUGCACUUUUUCUUUUUGGUUAAAGAUUAUGGAAGCUGGCUUGACAUAGGAACAAGCAUUAGCCACUAUGUGCUGGUGAUGUCGUUGACCAUAUUUAUGAUGCUGAUGAAUGGACUGGCCCAGCUGCUAACUACAAAGAGACUUGAACUUUCCAGAAGGACUAAGCACCAUUCCACGUGAUAAAGGAAUACAUGUUCCUGCCCUUAAGUUCACCCUCCGGCUUCCUCUGAACCAACCUCCACUUCUGUAAUGUAAAUAUAAGUUAACGGACUUGAGUGCCAAAAUCCCAUCAUGGAUCAGAGUGCGCUGCUGAUAAAGAUUAAAUGCUGUCCUAUGACUGAAAUUUGCAUUUGGAGAUUGUCAUUUAGACAUCAGUGGGGCUGAAACAACCUCGGCUUUAUUCUCCAUGUGCACGUAUUUUUUGAAAAUAAAAGCAACUACAAAGUCCUAUUUAAAAGAAA